AUGCCUGCCACUAGCAUGGGCUCUGUUCUCUUCUGGGUGUUGCUGCUUGCCCUCUGCAGCUGUACAGCCUCUGGUCAAAAUUGCAAUGGGCCAUGCCACUGUGACUCCACAGCAAAACUCAGCUGCCCUGCAGGAGUGAGUGUGGUGAGGGAUAGCUGCAACUGCUGCCCCAUGUGCGCCAAGCAACAGGGCGAGUCCUGUGAAAAGCCGGACCGCUGCGACCACAAGAAGCUCCUGUACUGUGACCUUGGGACCCCACCGAACCGCACGACUGGAGUGUGCAAAAGUAGAAAAGAUGCCCCCUGCUACCUCCGAGAUAAGGCAUUCAAGCACGGAGAGACCUUGAUGAUCGGAUGUGGAAUAAAGUGCACUUGCAAAGAUCGGUUAUUGCGCUGCCAGAACCUCUGCCAGAAAAACAUUGACCCGCCCAGCGUUGACUGCCCCUUCCCACGAAAGGUCAAGCUGCCAGGGAAAUGCUGCGAGGAGUGGGUCUGUGAUGAGCCCAAGGAGCUCUCAACAGUUGGCACUACCCUUAAAAAUUACCGACCUGCAGACAGGGUUAACCCAGACCCAACGAUGAUACGACCCGACUGCCAGGUCCAGACGACAGAGUGGAGUGCCUGUUCCAAGACUUGCGGGACUGGUAUCUCCUUCCGGACUACUAAUGAAAAUGCCGACUGCAAGGUGGAAAAGCAGGACCGCCUCUGUAUCAUCAGGCCUUGCCAACAUGACCUGGAAAAGGAAAUUAAAGAAAAAGGCAAAAGUUGCACCCCAAGCAUAAGAAUUGAUUAUCCUAUCAAGUUUCACCUAUUUGGCUGCACCAGUGUGAAAUCCUACCAUCUCAAGGUCUGUGGAGUCUGCAGGGAUGGCCGGUGUUGCACACCUCACAAAACAACUACCUUGCCUGUGGAGCUCAGGUGUCCAGAUGGUGAGAUCAUUGAGAAAAGCAUGAUGUUCAUUCAGGACUGCGCCUGCCAUAAAAACUGCCCUGUACGCAGUAACAUUUUCAAGUCGCUGCAGUAG